CAAAAGAUGAAAGACUUCCAUCGGAUUUAUCAUAUUUAUUAUGUGAGCUCGCUGCUUCUGGCAAGUGUAACCGCUGACGUAAACCUAACCCUAGAAAAUAAUCUUCGCUGUUGCUUCGACGCAGACCACGACCAUUAUUACGGGGCCACCACGACGCCGCCACGCGUCCUCCCACUUCACGCAUUGCCGCUACCGCGCAGUAGCUACCAUCCAUAACCACCGCGACCAGUUCAGGUUGCCGCCACCGCGUCAGCGAGACGCAGCCACAACUACCACCGGGACAAGUUGAGGGUUUUUGAUAUGGCAAACACCGAUGAGGCCGAGCCGUCAUGCCAAUUUGACAUUCCCGAAUCCUUCAUCGACGAAAACUCCGAAGUUCUCCGGGAAAAGUAUUUGAAAAUUCUGAAAGAAUUUAUAGCCUCCAACGAUCAAGCUUAUGUGUUCCAUGGUAACUUGUCUAGUGAAGAGCGCAAGGUAGUGGACCGGUUAUGCCACCUCAUGGAGUUAGGUGUAAGAUUCUGUGGGACUGCAGGUGAGCAGAAAAUAAUUGCUUUCAAAGUGAAUAACGAAGCCUCAAAUCAUAUUCAGGCCGUCCUGUCCAGGAAAAGGAAGAACAGAGAGGAGUCAGAGGCGUGUGGUGAGAAUGCAGAUAUUUGUGAAUUGAAUAAAAUCUGGAUUUCCCAAACAUUAGAAAAAUUUGCAGCUUCAAACGAUGAAGUGUACACUUUUGAAAAUAAAUUGACUGGUCAAGAAGAUGAUUUAGUGUAUAACUUUUGCAGAGAAAGAGGUUUUAUAUAUACUCUUUCUUGGAAUGGGAUUAAACAGAGAGUAUGUGUGCGUAAGACCAGAGAGGAAGUUGACAAUACUACCUUGGUAGAGAAUCUUUCUCAUGUCACUUGUUCAGAUGAAUCAGAUCAGAUUGAUAAGCUGAAACAAUCUGAAAAGAAAGUUGAGCGAGAGCCAGAGUCAGCUCAACAUCAGAAUUUCAUUGUUAUUGAACCCAAAGGGGUUCGGAUGGAUCCGAUUUCCAAAAAGGAGGUUGCUACCACCAGGGUGUCGGGUUGUCAUCCUUGCAUCACAUUUCCUGAACAGUCAACUCCGAAUAGAAAGGAGACAGUGGCAUCACGACACCAAAAUCCCAUUAUUGAUGAAUCAACAAGGAUUCGGAUUUCCCAGACAUCGGAAAAAUUUUCAACAUCAAAAGUAAACAAAUUUGAAGCCAGCUUGUCUUCUGAAAAAUGUUUUGCAGUGCAAUUAUCCCAGGAAAUGGGAUUUAGAGUGGAAAAUUCAGGGAGUGGGAUGAGGCAGAAAACAUCUGUGCAGGAAACUGAAAAGAAUAUUUACACCACUGCUAUGUUAGAGAAUCUUCCUUUUUUCACAUUUUCUGGACAGUCAAAGCGUGUAUUAGCAGAUUUACUUGAGCAAUAUCCUCCUGGCGAUGGGGAACUCUGGCGAACGAUGAUUGAAGCAUUUGGUGACACUACUGAUAGAACAGAAGAAAAGGAAGAUGAUGUUUUCAGGAGGCCUUGUAUGAGCAAAGUUGAAAUUACUAAGAGACUGGAGAUUCUUUCUGAAGGAACGAAGGAUUCCUUUAAAUUGAAACUGAUCAACGAAAAGAGAUCUAAGCUUCCAAUCACAUCUUUCAAGGACAUGAUUACAUCAACUGUUGAAUCUCACCAGGUAGUUAUGAUAUGUGGUGAGACUGGUUGUGGAAAGACUACUCAGGUCCCGCAAUAUAUAUUGGAUCACAUGUGGGGUAAGGGUGAGGUCUGCAAAAUAAUUUGCACUCAGCUGCAAUCUGUAUCAGCAAUUUCAGUUUCUAAGAGAAUCUCCAGUGAGAGAGGAGAGGUUAUUGGAAACGAUGUGGGAUACAAGGUACAGUUUGAAAGUGAAGGUGGAAGGCACUCAUCAAUUGUGCUCUGUACUCCUGGAGUUCUAUUGAAGGCUUUGGCUUCUACGAGUUCCCAUUUUUCGAAGAGACAGCAUGUGCAGGGUGGCAUUUCUAAUAUUACUCACAUAAUUAUGGAUGAGAUUCACGAAAGGGAAAGCUACUCAGACCUCAUGUUGGCAAUCCUCAGAGAAAUCCUGCCUUCAAAUCCCCACCUACGUCUGAUACUGAUGAGUGGUAGUUUUGAUGCUACAAGAUUUUCUCAAUAUUUUGGUGCCUGCCCAAUUAUCUAUGUUCCAGGGCUCACGUAUCCGGUAAAAAAUUACUACUUGGAGGAUGUACUUUCUAUUGUAAAAUCAGGUGCAGAUAACCAUGGGCUUAGUCAAGUAGAAAAGCUGUCUCUAGAUGAAGCAAUACAUUUGGCUUGGUCUAAUGAUGCCUGGUGCUCACUAUUAGAGCUUGUUUAUAGUAAAGCUAGGCCAAAGGUCUUUGAUUAUCAGCAUUCAUUAACUGGCCUCAAUCCAUUAAUGGUGUUUGCUGGAAAAGGUAAAGUGGGUGAUAUGUGCAUGCUCUUAUCAUUAGGGGCUAACUGCCAUUUAAAGGCCAAAGAUGGAACAACUGCUUUAGAGAUAGCUGAGAAAGAACACCAGCCAGUAGCUGUUGAAUUGCUGAAGAAGCACAUGAAUAAUGAUUUUUCUGUCAAAGAAGAGAAAAAUUUACUAGAUAAAUAUCUUGCAACAGCCAACCUUAAAGAUGUUGAUGUUGUUCUGAUAGAACAACUUUUAAGAAAAAUAUGUGUUGAUUCAAAAGAUGGAAGCAUCAUUGUUUUCCUUCCAGGCUGGGAUGAGAUAGUUAGAACACGUGAAAGAUUGCUUUCAUCCUCAUUUUUCAAUAAAAGAUCAAAGUUUAAGGUGGUAUCUCUGCAUUCAAUGGUUCUAGCCUCUGAGAUGAAUGAGGCUUUUAUGCCCGCACCCCAUGGUUGUCGCAAAAUUGUUCUGUCUACCAAUAUUGCUGAAACUGCUGUCCCUCUGGAUGAUUUAGUGUAUGUUAUCGACACUGGGCUUAUCAAAGAAAAAAGUUAUGAUCCUUGCAAAAAUUUGUUUACUCUCCAAUCAUCUUGGAUUUCAAAAGCUAGUGCUAAGAAAAGAGAGGGAUGUGCCAGUCGCUGUCAUCCUGGAGCUUGUUAUCAUCUAUAUUCAAAAGUUCAAGCAGAUUCUUUGUUAGAUUUUCAGGAUCCUGAAAUUAAGAGAAUGCCUAUUGAGGAGCUGUGUUUGCAGGUUAAGUUGUUUGAUCCAACCUGUAAAAUAGAAGAAUUUUUGAGUCAGACAUUAGAUCCUCCUGGUUUUGAGUCUAUUCGAAGUGCUGCUAGAGUUCUUCAGGAGAUUGGGGCAUUGUCAGUUGAUGAACACCUGACAGAGCUAGGGCAGAAGUUUGGCUAUCUUCCUGUUCAUCCAUAUACGAGCAGGAUGCUUAUUUUUUCCAUAUUAAUGAAUUGCCUUGAUCCAGCUUUAACACUUGCAUGUGCAUCUAAGUGUAAAGAUCUAUUUGUGCUUCCUAUUUUACCUGAUGAAAAGAAGAGAGCUGCAGCUGCUAGAUCUGAGCUUGCUUCGUUGUAUGGGGGUUGUGGUGAUCAGUUUUCUAUAAUAGCAGCAUAUCAAUGCUGGGUUAAUUCAAAGAAAAUGGGUCUAGAAUCACGGUUUUGUUCUCAGUACUUUGUUUCUCAAAGUGCAAUGAGCAAGUUAGAUGUCAUGCGGAAGAAUUUAGCUGCGGAACUAUAUAGGAAUGGGCUUAUUAAUAGGAGUAGUAGAAAUUAUUGCUCUAAUGCCUAUGAUCCUGGUAUACUUCAAGCUGUUUUGGUAGCAGGGAUGUACCCGAUGGUUGGGAAAUUGUUCUUUCCUUACGGAAGUGGAAAGAAGAUUCUUGUUAACACUAAAAGUAUCGAUAGUGUUUGCUUGAAUAGUCAUACUUUGAAUUAUAAGUUGUCUUCACAGAAAAUUCUUGAUUGCUCUUUUGUUGUAUAUGAUGAGAUUACUAGCAUCGACCGGGGCUUGUGCAUAGGGGACAGUACCACUGUUGGACUAUUUCCAUUAUUUUUGCUUUCCAAAGAGAUUGAUGUUGAUAAUGCAAAGGAUUGUACUGAUAAUAUAAUCACAGUAAUCAUAGAUGGAUGGCUUUAUUUUGAGUCAACAGCAUUCGAUGCUUUUCACAUGAACUACUUGAGAGAGCUAUUAACAGCAGCAAUUAUAUACAAAGUGACAUAUUCAACGGAUGUUCUUUCUCCUGUUCUACAAGCCGCAGUGGAUUCCCUAGCUUGCAUUCUUUCUUGUCAUGGGCGUUCUUGCAUAUCACUCAUCUCAGAUUGUGCUAUGAAACAGACUACAACAAAUGCUACUAAUACAAAAAAAUUCCAAACACAGCUUAUAAAUCAAGAUGCACACCAGACCAGUCCAUCUCAAGUUAAGGCAUCUGAACCUGAGGCCAUUGAAAAUUCAAUUAACCAGACAAGUAAAAAUGCUCGAAUAGGUUUGGCUUGUUCGAAUCCAACAAAGAAAACCGUCAUGACUCUUGAAGGAUUCUGUACAGGGCUUAUAAAUCACAAUGAUGUGCCUUCUAGAGCUAGCAAAUUCACAGGUGCAGAAAAGCCUAGGGAUCCCACAAGAAGGAACACUGAAACAGGUUCAGCUCGUUCAAUCCAGACAGCACAUUUAAAUGAUGACGUAACCAUGACUGAUGUGAGAGCUUCUAGACAACCACAUCAACAAAAAAAGUAUUAUUACUGGCAUGGGGCUUGCUAUGAAAAGAUCUGGGUUGGGUGGUCCUUUCCUGAGGUGGGAUGGAUUAAAGCUAAUGUAGAUGGGUCUUAUAAGCUUGAAGAACAUCUUACUAGCUGUGGUGGAGUUUUCCGUGAUCACACAGGUUCUUGGUGUUUUGGCUUCACGUUAAAUCUUGGAACAUUCUGUUUCGGAUCAUCAGAUCCAACGUCUAAUGACUUUAGUGUGCAAUCUGAACUGUGGGGUGUCCUGACUGCCCUGAAGCUUGCUAAGGAGAAAAAGAUUUCGCAGCUGUGGAUUGAGUCUGAUAGUGUUGAUGCAGUGGACUGUGUUCUGAAUAAACGGGCGGAAAAACAUGAUCUUUAUACUCCUCUUGUUCAAUCGAUACUUGAGUUGAUUGAGGGAAAUUGGAAGGUUCGAAUCUCUCAUAGUUAUCGUGAAGGAAACCAAGUGGCUGACUGGUUGUCAAAAUAUGGGCAUAGUAAGGAGAUAGGUCUCCGAGUGUACGAUGCCCCUCCCAAAGGGGUAAAAAAACUAUUAAUUCGGGACUAUUCUGGAGUCUCUAAACAACGAUAUGUACGUCUCACUGCAAGAUGACCUAAAUUACGGGUAUUACUUUCAAUUUAAAUUACUAUUCACUGUUCAUGUUAUACCACAUUUCUUAGGUCUAACUUUAUGUCAAAACUCAGUAUUCAUUGCCAACAAAUGCCUUUUUUCUUAUA